AUCCGCGUGUUAUUUUCAAACAAAUAUUUUCUUCUCUCGAGCGAUCAUUAACGAGACCAACGAAUAUUGAAAUACCUCUCGCUCAUUUCGCGAGCACAUCAGUUGAUAAAAGACCGUCGUUUGAAACAUUUCGACCACUUUUAAGAAUCAUAAAAGAAAAAUUAUUUCGUGUGACUCAUAAACUGAAAAUAUUUUGAUAAAAUAAGCAAAAAGAAAAUCAAAUUUUCCUUGACUUGAUAUCGUUCUAUUAAAAGGAGAAAAAAAUUAAAUAAAUUUUUGCAAAUUGUUUGUUGUCUGACAUAAAAAUAAGAUGAUGAAGACGCUAACCAUGCCACCAGCAUCGGAUGAAUCUUUGCGAUUAUUAUCGCCUCAAAAUGAGAUCAAAUCAACAAACAUUCAAGAAAUUCUCAGCAUUAAUAAUAAUGAAAAUGGAAACGUCAGCAAUACAAUGUCGUCAAUUCAGUCGAGCAAACAACUGCCAUUUUAUCUCGGAAUCUCAGAAGUUCUUCCAUCGCUUUAUCUUUGUGGUGCUUGUGCGAUUGUUCGACCGGAAACUAUUGAGAACCUUGGAAUUAAAUUUGUUGUGAAUGCGACUGUUGAAUUACCAGACACACCUUUACCAGAUAAAAGACCGGAUUAUAUGCGAGUGGCAAUGAAAGACUCACGUGAAUCAAAUCUCAUUGAAUAUUUUGACGAAGUUGCUGAUAAAAUUGAAAAGACACGACAACAAGAUGGAAAAAGUCUGGUGCAUUGUGUUGCUGGAGUUUCUCGAUCUGUUUCACUAGUUCUUGCUUAUCUUAUGAAGUAUGCUGAUAUGUCUUUGAAAAAUGCAUUUGCACAUGUUAGAAGUGUCCGACCUCAAGUUCGACCAAAUGUUGGAUUUUUCAAACAAUUGAUUGAAUAUGAACAGAGACUACAUGGUUGCACAACUGUGUCAAUGAUCCACUGUUCAGCAUUAGGCGAAGAGAUUCCCGACGUUUAUGAGCCUGAAUACCGAACAAUGGAACUUCUUUAUCAAAAAUAUCGAAGAACCAUUGCACGUCGGUGAGAUUUGAGGGGAAAACCGAAAGGUUUGUUAUCGUGAUUCUUCAGUGUUGUGAAGGGACCAUUAAGAUUAUUAAUAACUUACGAGAAGGAAAUUCUUUAUUUUAAAGAGUUAUUCGUUUAAGAUAGACUUAAAUAAAUGUUGUGUUAUAAAUGUUUUGUAAAACUUUAUCAAAUUUCUUAAUAAAUUUUUUAAUUAACCGUUUAAACAAAGAGCAAA